UUGAAGCGGUAAGAAGCCGACAAGACACCAAAACUUUUGAAGGCGCUGUCAGCAAGACAGGUGUAGGACUCGCAGUUACCUUUACUCUUUGCAUGCAAUAUGUGAACUUUGUCAACUGAGUCACGCAGCGCCUCGUCCAGAUUUCAGUAUCUGACAAACCUUCCGCUGCUUUCAGUUUCAUUUACAAGGUGUCAACGUUUGCAGCGACCAGGCAAAGGGUGAGAUGGCUCUUCCGCAGGAUCAAAAUAAAGUUCUGCUGACUCUCUCGUUGAGGUGGUCUGUGGAAAAGAAAAAGAAGGUAGAUUUACAAAAAGCCCUCCAGACUUGGUUCAGCAGAACUAAAGCGGACUGCUCUGUUCAAGAGAUCUUACCAGACGGAGGGGCUGUGAUUAUGAUUGAACCUCCUCCAGGUCUCACAGAGAUUCAUACGCUGAACGGUGAAACACUUUAUACAAAAGACAAAAAAGAAUUGGUCACCAUCUUGUCUGUGAUGCUGGGAACACGAAAGCAGGACCCACAAACAGCAGACGAUGCUUCGGUGAAUCCGACUCUUCCAGCUCCUUCUGUAAACACCAAAACUGCUGAUUUGGAGCCAUCAGCUCUACGCACUCUAACACAGGAUAUGCCUGGUAAUCCAUUUACCUCGAUAGCAGAAACCCUUCCUCCUAGAAAAUUUAAAGGAGAAGCUCCAAAAAGUUAUUUUCUGCCUCUGAACCACUUCUGGUACAUGAGUCACAUCUACAAGGAAGGAAUUAAACAGAUUGAGAGGAAGAAUAAAAUUAAACUGGUGGCACAGGUCCAUGUGACAUUUGAAGCUGAACAGGAAGAUGGAAACCCCCAUGAAGCUCUCAAUGAGUUCAUUGAUCUCUCACAAAGCUGCUCUGCUGAUUCAGGUGAGGCAGUGAUUCCUCUCAAGUUUGUAGAUCCAGAUCAGUGGAGUGACGCAUUAAAAGUCAUCAAGAGAAACAAGGACAAACUUUUGCUCACCAUGUCAUCUGAAGAGGUUAUUGUUAGUGGUCCAAAGCAAAGCCAAGAUGAAUUCAAUGCAGUCCUGAAUGCGGUGCAGAAGACAAACACACCUGCUGAAGAGCACAAACCUACAUCAGAUGGUACAUCACUGAGGAGGACAAACAUGACUGACAAAUAUCAAGGGCUACCAAUACGCAACUUCAGUGGUGAUCUCUCGAUGAAAAUCAUGACAAUCAAAGAUGAUCUUGCUGGUUUAACCAUAGAUAAGAACCAGUGGAAAAACCUGAAGUCUUCUUAUAAUAACCGCCUUACAGUGAUCAAAGAUAACUUCAAUGUGGAUUUUAAAGAAUCCAGCAUCACUGAAGGCAAAGUUAAUGUUAAACCAUCAUACAAAGGACAUGGAGGAAACCCAGCAAUGGAGAGCCAAGCUGUCAGAGCUCUGCUGCGUCUGUACCAGAAGAUGAUGACGUCACCCACGUUACUUCAUUCGCCUAAUCGUACCACUAGGUUCAGUGGUUCUGAAAAGGUGUCCAAUAAAACUGGAAUUAAAAGUCAUUCAACACAAAACAGAGAAAAAUCAGCAGGCAAGGGCACGACAGGGGACAAGAAAGAUGAUAAAUGCCCAAUAUGUUUGUCCGAUUUUACUAAUAAGAUGCAGCUGAAGUGUUAUCAUGCAUUUUGUAAGCAGUGCCUGCAAAAUGCAGUGAAAGCACUUGGACCCAUCUGUCCGAUAUGCAAGGAUGUUUUUGGUGUGAUGAAGGGAAACCAACCUGAUGGAAAAAUUACUUGUAAUAAGUAUCAAUCAUCCCUCCCUGGAUUCCCAGGUUGUGGCUAUAUAUGCAUCACCUACGACAUUCCAAGUGGAAAACAGACGGAAAAUCAUCCAAAGCCUGGCCAGUACUAUGGAGGAACUGUCAGACAGGCAUUUCUUCCAGACAACAAAGAGGGCAAUGAAGUUCUGCUGCUCCUGAAAAAAGCUUUUGACCAGAAGCUGAUUUUCACUGUUGGAGCUUCUAGGACAACCGGGGCGGAUAACAUGGUGACCUGGAAUGACAUCCACCACAAGACGUCCAUAUCAGGAGGACCAGAGUGUUAUGGAUAUCCAGAUGAGAACUACCUGAGCAGAGUCAAGGAGGAGCUGAAGGCUAAAGGCAUCCAGUGAAGUUUUUGUUUUACAUUAAGUGAAUUUUAAAUUCAAAUUUCUGACAAAUUGAAUCAGAAUUUCCACAUUUUGUUCUAACAUGUUGGAUGUUUUAUAAUAAAUAAGACUUAAUGGUUACUUUAAAGUUCACUGAAAGGUGAAGACUUUUUCUCAUCUAUCAAAAUAUAAAUCACAUCAUUUUGAAAGAUUUACUAACUUGUUUAUUUUUUCUUUACAUUUGUCAUGUGAACCACAAUUACAGUGUAAUAUAUAACUGUAAUCAAAUGUAAUAUGAUUAUUGG